AUGGACCAAAGAUUAGAAAGGCUAGAACAUAUUCAAAAAGAGAUGCAUGACCAGUUGCAAGCGCAACUGCAAGAACAGUUAACGAAAGUACAACAAGAGAUGAGGGAUCAGAUACUGGAAUCCCAAAGGAGUAUGAUAAGCCAAUUGACGCAAUUUCUGGCUGGAGGGAAGAGUAUCGCCAUUAACUCGGACCCAAUUGGAGGCGUACCCACAAGGGGUACCCGUUACUAUCAGACCCAACAAUAUCAGAUCAGCACCUCGGUACCGAUAAACUACCCAACGGGCCCAGGCUCUAAUCUAGGGGAUAAUCCAACUAAUCCCGUUGUCCCUGAUCUUGAUGAUAUAGCAGAAAUGGAGAAUGCGAAUGUAGAUCUACCAAAACAACUUGAGGACCGGUGUAGAUGGCUAGAAGAAAAAUUUAAAGUAAUGGAGAACACCGAUUACCAUUGUGGAAUUGAUACUAAGGACUUGAGCUUGGUCCUAGAUCUAGUGCUCCCACCAAAGUUCAAAACUCUAGAGUUUGAAAAGUAUAAUGGAAAUAACUGCCCUGAAGCUCACAUUAUGAUAUUCUGUCGAAGGAUGACAGGAUACGUUAAUAAUGAUCAGUUAUUAAUUCAUUGCUUCCAAGACAAUCUGAUCGGGUCUGCAGCCGAAGGGUACAACCAACUGAGCCGUGCCAAAAUCAAUUCAUGGAAGGAUUUGCCACAGGCUUUUAUGAAAUAG